AUGGAAAUGACUUCACAGCCCAUCAUCACUCAGCCACAAUGCCACAGAACCACGCGCAGCUUCGAGUGGCAGACCAAUCUCUGUGACUGUGGAAGCGACUGCCGUAUCUGCUGCUGUGGAACAUUCUGCUUCUUCUGUCUGGGAUGCAAAAUUGCCAAGGACAUGGACGAAUGCUGCUGCUGUGGGCCGAGUGUGGCCAUGAGGACUCGCUACCGGACUCUGUACAGGAUACCGGGAUCCAUCUGCUCAGACUGUCUUGCUGCUACUUGCUGUGCUCCCUGCAACCUCUGCCAGCUCAAGAGAGAUAUCAACAGGAGGCAAGAGCUGGGGAUCUUCUAG